AUGGCCAACAGCUCGGAAAAAGAGGUUGUGGACCUCCUCAUACUGGUUGACGCCACGGCGUCUAUGACCAGCUAUCUCCAAGCACUGAAGCAAUCACUACCACAAAUCAUCUCUAUUUCAGCCCUGACGAACUGCUUUGAUCGCAUCGGCAUACUAGCGUAUCGCGACUAUGCCCACCGCGACCUCCUCGACUGGUCAGGCUGGACUUCUUGCGCUCAAAUGCAGCAAGACGGCGGAGCCACCCUAAUCGCCAAAGCAAACGCUCUGCACGCCGUUCGCGGGGAAUCCGACGACCACCCUGAAGCCGCGAAGACUGGCCUUGCUCAGGCAUAUGAGUACAUGCGCACCGAUGCAAAGACCCUCAUGCUAGUCUACGCCGAUGCGCCACCUCAUAUCGAAGGCCUUAAGACCCGUGCUCACAACGGAGACAAGGAGUUACAAGCCCUCUCUGAUCCGCAGAGUUAUGGCGGAUACGGGCCACUCUUCGCGGAUUGGGUCUCUGCUGCGAAGACCAUGCGCGAGGGAGAGAAGAGGGUACAAGUCAUGUCGAUUCUACACUUCCCGUACCAUCCACAGGAUUCUGCCUAUUUCGACUACCUAGCCACCAUGACGCGAGGCGCUGCUAUUCACUUGAACAACUCCCAGGCACGUACCAUUUCUGAGGUCACGGUUGAGGUCUUGCUAGCUUGGAUGGGUGUGAAGAAGGAGGGAGCUGGAUCGGUCGCACUUCCUGCGAAGCUCUCCUGGUACGUGGACACAGAUAUCGGAAAAGUGAAAGCAGAAGGCGAGCUCGCUGCUUUCCUCCCGUUUGGAGAUGUGAUUGCAUCUCAACGGCUAGCUCUCACAUCCGAGCUUCUCGAACAACGACUGCCAAAGAAGGCGACUCCGCUAAAGGACUUUGCACGGUCUUAUAAGGAAGAUGCAGCGUAUCGAGACAUCGUUACCACGCAUCUCCGCGCUAUUAUUGAGAGCGAUGUGGCUGCUAUGAGCUUGAAUCCUGUCUUUGGUUCUCUUUGGCGGACCUUCUGUAAUGAUAAGGAAAACCCUCAUGGGCAAGACCUCCUGGAUCUGUUCGGGCUGAAAGUCAACGGUCUCGCGUACGCGGAUGACCGAGCGAAGAUGAAGACCUGGCUGGAAGAGUCUUACGACUAUACUGCAGAGGUUCUCGAGGCUAUCGCUAAGGUGCCAAAGGGGUUGCAGUAUCCAUGCGUAUGCUUGGAUCCAACGCUGUCGUAUGAGUUGGCGCCUCAAGCCGAGGACGAGGACAGCGAAGACAACCGCCCCAUCACUUCCUUCCGGCGGGAUGAGCUCCUAGAGCUGGGACGAUCUUGUGAUUACCGUAUCCUGCGACGCUUAGGACGAGUGCUUACCCGACUGACAUUUGUCGAGUCUGCUGAUGCGAUGCCAGGUCACAUUGCUGCCGCUGGACAGGAGACUGUGACCAGGAUCCCUAUGGCAUUGGUCCGAAAGGAGUAUGGCCGCAAGUUCUGGCGGAUUCUCCUACAUAUCGUGGUCCCGGGUACUAUGCUCUCCGGUCGCGCUGCUGCAUUGCUUGGAGCUCUCACUAUCCGGAUGGGAGUACAGCCCCUGAGACGUGCUGCUGAGGAAAUUCCUGAGACGUGGAAUGUCAGCUGUCUGUCCCUGAUUCUUGAUGCUGAUAAGGCUUAUACUGAGCACUAUAAUGACGGCUUCAUGGGAAGUGAGGCUGGCUUGCUCUGGGACCAGGAUCGGGAGCUGUUCAGGCGCCUCGUGGAUUACAAGAUGUUGGAGCUUAAUCUUGAUACAACGCUGCACGCUCAAGUAGCCUGGACGCCUCACAAGACGACUAUGUCUCUCGGUCCUACCAUCAUGUGCAAGCUAUGCCAGUACCAUCGAUCAGUGACUGGCAUGGGACCAGAAAACAUUUGUGGACUGUGCUGCUACAAUCGUGACAAUCCCAAUGCCACUGAUCAAGCCAAUAUCCAUUGCCACACUGCAGACGCUGAUGGCGAAGCGGAGAACAUAUACUGGUACGAAUGCAGCGCUAAGCACUGUCGAGCCCAGUACAUCGUCCACGAAGCCGACAGGCUGAACGUGCGACCAAAGUGUCAUUACUGCCGCAUGGGAGAAACCGCUCCGAUACUAGAAUGCUCCAAGUGUCUCAACGGAAUGAUCAGGCCGCUGGAGUAUCGACACGGCCUGGACGAAGCAACCUUUACUUGUGUAGGCUGCUCACAGGGACGCCAGACAAUCAUCGAUAUUUAUGAGCAUAUGAACGAGGCGCAUGGAGGGUACUAUGGUGAUUUGGAGGAUGAUGAGGACGGGGAAUAG